GCGCAUCGUUUAGUUUGGAAGUACUUUUUAACACUGACGGUUGGUUGAGCUCUCGUAGAGCGCACAAGCCCAAUUUUCAGGACCAGAGCAAGUGCACGGAUCCCUAGGACGGUUUCCUUUCAGUCAAUUUCGCCAAGAGCGGUUGUUGUUUUUCGGGGGAAAACGGUUGUGCGAUUCGUUCAGUCGCAGGCGCGAAGCACUUUCGAGCUUACUAGUUCAGUAAUCGAACAGAUUGUGCCGCAUUCGGGUGGAUUUUGAAUUUGUCUCGAAUUAUUAACCGUGUCGCAGUUUAUUGUCCGGUCGGAAUUUUACGUGCGUUGAUUGCAAGUGCUAAUACUGUAACAUCCCCAGCGAAUUCGGCACAACCCGGUUAGAUUGAUUGUCCCCCUCUCCCCAAUCUGAAGCCGACCAAACGAUCGGCUUCCCGUCCUUAAAUUUCCCCCUCCAAGACGCCACCGAGAGAGCUCGAAAAUAGUUUCCGAAAGUGUUUGAGACUCUAGUCCACCAUCCCUCCUCCUCAAUAAAAAACCGAAUUCCGAUCUACAGCACGAGUGUUACGUGCUGGAACCAAAUAAUCAGCACACAUAGGAGUAAAACAAAUACAAAUAAAGUCAUCAUGGGCAGUAGAUCGCGAUGUUUUAUCGCGACAUUUGUGCUUUUCUUCACAGUAUUAAAGAAUGUCGACUGUGACGCCCCUCUAGUGGAUUCGGCCGCACUGCCCCUGGAGCACAGGGCCGUCUAUGGGCCGCCAGCACCAUCACCAGUAUAUGGAACGCCUGGUUUGUUGAGUGGCGGCGGCGGGGGUAGCGGCAGCAGUAUCAGUAGCAGCGGCGGUGGAGACGACCCUUGGCCCUUGUCGGCCGCGAACGAUAGCCCCCAGAUCAAGCAUCUGCAGGUGCAGUGCGAGAAGACGCAUAUGCGCGUCAACAUCGAAUUCGAUCGACCCUUCUAUGGAAUGAUCUUCUCAAAGGGAUUCUACAGUGAUCAGCACUGUGUGCAUUUGAAACCCGGCACGGGUCACCUGAGUGCGACCUUCGAGAUCUUCCUGAAUAGCUGCGGGAUGAGCAGUUCGGCGAACCAUAAUGCAGCCAACUUUGGCGCACCGACGCCGUCCGGAAGCUAUGUGGAGAACACCAUCAUCAUUCAGUACGACCCAUACGUGCAGGAAGUCUGGGAUCAGGCUCGUAAGUUGCGUUGCACUUGGUACGAUUUCUACGAGAAGGCCGUUACUUUCCGUCCAUUCCAAGUUGACAUGCUUCAUGCUGUGACUGCAAACUUCCUUGGUGACAAUCUUCAAUGCUGGAUGCAGAUUCAGGUCGGUAAGGGUCCAUGGGCUUCUGAAGUUUCGGGUAUCGUGAAAAUCGGUCAAACUAUGACCAUGGUGCUGGCUAUCAAGGAUGAUGAGAACAAGUUCGAUAUGCUUGUUCGUAACUGCGUUGCUCACGAUGGUAAGCGUGCGCCAAUUCAACUAGUCGAUCAACAUGGAUGCGUCGUGCGGCCAAAGAUUAUGAGCAAAUUCCAGAAAAUCAAGAACUUUGGGCCAUCCGCAUCGGUUGUGUCUUUCGCGUACUUCCAGGCCUUCAAGUUCCCGGAUUCGAUGAAUGUCCACUUCCAAUGUGUGAUUCAAGUUUGCCGAUACAACUGCCCAGAGCCCAAGUGCGGAGGAGGAGAUUACGGAUUGCCAGCUUUGACAGGUAAUGGAAUUUCGGGAGAGUAUGGAGCUCCAGGUGCUUUGAGUGGAGAAUACGGACCACCGUCGGAAUAUGGAGUGCCACCAGCAUAUCCUGACCCACGACACCCAUCAGACUCGUCCGGAGCCUACUCUGAGAAUCAGGACAGUGUUGUUCCACCACCACAAGCUCAAACUUCUGCCAAUUCUGUUGAAAACAAGGAAGGUUCCAGCCAAUCAGAUGCUUCUCAACAAAAUACGAAUCAAAAUCAACUGCAAAACGAAAUCCAUGACAAUAUCAACAUGCCGCCACCGCCGCCACCUGGACAGUCAGGAUAUGUAACCGUUACUAAGCGAAAGGACGAUGUAGCUAACGAUGGAAAUUUAGUCAGCCUAGGAGGGCGACCGCGCUCGGUCGAAGGUUUGGAUGACCUGCGAGGAGUUCGCCGACGACGCGAAACGAUGGAGUUGGUCAUCAAGCCCCGCAUCUACAAACGCGAUGCUCAGGAAAUGACCGACGUCAACACGGAACGAAUCAUCCAGGUCGUAGCGCCAGGAGACGUCAACUUCGCUCUGAACAGUGCGGCUAGCAAUGAAACCGUUGUGAUCCAGUCGCAGCGUACGGUGGAUCCAGAAACCAUCUGUAUGUCAGUGCCGAGUUUUGUCGGUGGACUAGUAAUGCUGCUACUGGUUCUGGCGGUGGCCUCGCUAGUCGCAGCUUUCCUCUUCGUUCGGGUGAGACACUUCGAUCGUAAAGCUAACCACAUGCCAUUGUCCAGCAGCUCACACGUGUUCCUGGUGUCAAAGUAGAACGCUUCAACCGAUCCCUCCGCGGUGCCGCGGUUGUGCACGACGAAUUGCAUGUGGAGCUUGGCUGUUCGAAUGGUUAACGAUUCGUUAGAUGCUUUUGUUUUAUUGGUUAGGUACACAGUGGCAUUCUGGACAUUUUACCUGCGCGAUCGAGGCCAAGCGUGGGUUAUGUGGUCAGUUACUUGGUGAAGUUCAAAGAAAUGUGCUAGCCCUGUUAGGAGCGAUUCAGCAUUCGGAAACAGAUAUUCGUUGGUUCCCAGAAAACAAGUAACGCCAAAGCCAUUCAACGAAACUUACCUACUGAGUGCUCAGCGACUUCAUCUGCUGGCGAAUGUUGCAACUGUCCUAACUUCAAAAUACGCUUCCUUGAAUGCACCCGUUCACAUGACUUAUAUCUAAUCACACACCCAAACAUCCUCAAAUCCAACAUUUAUCAUUUAGAAGGAGCUUCAACUUAGCACUAAUGACUUUAUGUUUUCGUCUAAAUCUAUAUCUUAGAAGAAAAUUAUAUAAAACAUGCUUCUUUAAUUCUGAGCUCCUCUCCAUUCUCAUACUAACCUAUUUAUGUUCACGCUUAAUUUAUUCAGCCCACAAUCCUUUUUGCGACCUGUCUUCCUUCCAUGAGUCAUCCUUUUCCAAAUUACUCCUAGAAAAAAGAGAGAAAGAAAAUUCAAAUUGUAGAAAUAACUACAAGAAUCUAUGAAUUUCAUACCUUCACUACUUUGUAGAUUAUGUCGUGUAAUAGGUUAUAUCUAGGUCCGGGCUGAGGAGAACAAACAAUAGCGUAUUGCCAAAUCCCGGAGAGCCGGAUGUAUUACAAGUAUCUUUGAAUCUAAAGAACACUUAUUUAUUAAAUUAUAGCUCCCUGUCCCUUUUCUUCUGCCUAGUAGUGAACUCGUUUUCACCCGAAUCUAUUAAAUGUCACCACUAUGACCUACUAACGGAACACCAACGAACCAAUUCAAGUUGUAUACAUAUGUAACUAGAAACAUCCUCGAUUAGUUCAGGCUUCCUACAUUUGGUGGCAAACGAUAUGGCGCCCCAUCACUAGUCUAGUCGCCAGAUUUGCUCCGCCCACCAAAUCGACGUUUACCCUCCCUAAUCGUAAUCCCUACUUCUUACCGAAUAUUACAGCAGUAUUUACACAGAUUAGCAAGUAGCAAAGCAUUUCGGGUUGAAAGAAAUUAAUAAUGCACCAAUUCAGACACGCGUAGUAGGAAAAUCUGUUUUGACCAAACUACCGCACGAGGAGAAGGAAUUCUUUUUCUAGCCCAAAUUAAGAUCGAUUAGAAAACAUACACACCGAUACAGACAAAACUUCACGAACACAAACAGUUACGUUAGGGAACUUACAAUUAGUGAAUACAAAACAUAGCUAUUAGCAAACAAAUACGAAAAUGAAAAACGACGAUAAAAAACUUGUAUGAAAAACGUAGAAAAUUGUGAAAAUUAGAAACAAAAAAUGAACAUAAUUGAGCUGCUUAUUGCAUGUUAAUUGUAGACACGACAAGCGAAUGGAGCAACGAGUAGAAACAAACGCAAGAAGUAUCUUUGUACAUAUUUAUUUAAUGCGAUAGUAAACUAAUAAAGAUAAAUUGAUGUGAAUUUAA